AAUAAAAAUCGCUGGUCUAAGAAUCAGCACGAGUCAGUUCUGGAAUUCUUCAGAAGAAGCUAGAAUAGAAGCCUAACUGCAACAAAAAUUUUCGUUUUGGAAAUUUCUUCUGCAAACGAAAAUAAUCACUUCAUCCAAACAAGUCUCUAACACCGAACCUUCGAGAAGAAAAUGGUAGUCAUAGAGCACGAGAAACCCGACGAUCAAAACUCGAAUCAAUCCAACGCCACUGCCGCCGUAAACGAUGCCUCUGACGGCUUCGAAACCGCCAGUGAAGCCGAUCUCGAUAGCGACGGCGAAGAAAGUGAAGCUAACGGCCGAGAAGAAGAACAGAAACAUCGUGAACAACCGCAGCAGAAGCGGAAGGAGACAGAGGGAGAGCAUGGACAAGAUGCUUUGAUCAAUGAAGAGGAAUUGAAACAGAAAGCAUCGGGCGAAGCAAAUGAAGCAAAAGUAGAAGGUAACAAACUUUUUGUAGAUGGGAAGUAUGAGGAGGCAUUAUCUCAAUAUGAACAUGCUUUACAAGUUGCACCAGACAUGCCUUCAUCUGUGGAAAUACGCUCAAUAUGCCAUUCAAACCGUGCUGUCUGCUUUUUGAAACUGGGAAACUAUGAAAAUACAAUUAAAGAAUGCACAAAAGCGUUGGAACUGAAUCCUGCAUAUGUUAAAGCUUUGGUAAGAAGAGGAGAGGCUCAUGAAAAGCUUGAACAUUUUGAAGAGGCAAUUGCUGACAUGAAAAAGAUCUUAGAAAUUGAUCCCUCAAAUGAUCAAGCUAGAAAAGCCAUUCGCCGACUAGAGCCCCUUGCUGCUGUCAAACGGGAAAAAAUGAAAGAAGAAAUGAUUGCAAAAUUGAAAGAAAUGGGCAAUUCUGUCUUGGGACGCUUUGGGAUGAGCGUUGACAACUUCAAAGCAGUCAAAGAUCCAAACACUGGUUCCUAUUCUAUCUCAAUGGAACGCUAAAUUUGGUUGAGCAAAGUCAUAAUAGCAUUAAGCAAGAAAGAGAGAGUAUAAAAUGAAUAUGAUUUGAGACUUCACUGCAUGCAAGUCAUUAGAAGAAUACUAAGAGUCAGGUACUUCAUGUUAUUGCUUAAUACACGAUGGAUCUAAUUCGCUGUCACAUUUGUUUUCUAGGUAAUCUUGGAAUUAUGAGUAAAUAAAGUAGAAAGGGAGUUGAACAUUGUUGGAACAAAGUCAGCGUAUAUUAAUCAUGUGGACAUUCACUAUGAAAGCUGAUAUUGGAAUUUGUGAUCGUUUGGGAUUGUACUUGCACAUGCUGUUUUUAUGUAUUGCACUUAUAAUGUGGUAGUAAUCUAUGUGCUACACAUGAUUGCUGGUAAUAUGUUUGUAAGUUUUGAAACUACAUACAAUUUGCAGUUAUUGCCCACAAAUUGAUGGCGUUUAUAUAUUUGAUGAAACUUGUAUUGCCAAAACUGGAUAGUUCAUGAAGUAGAACUUGUUACUAGACCAUAUUAAGAAAGCCUUGAGUUUUAGAUGCUGUCUGUA